CUAAGAUGGCCGCGCCCUGAAGAAGUCUGUGGUCUGUGCUCCUUGGUCCUGAAGAGGCUCAUUCAAGCUGUCAAGGCAGUUGUCAGGGCUGUUUACAGAGAAGUAGUCAUACUGCUGCGUGUGCUUUAUUACAGCUUUCCAAUGGUCAUGAGUAAUCACAUUCUACCCAAAGACUUUCCUGAGUUGAAAAAUGACACAUUCCUGCGUGCAGCACGAGGGGAGGAGAUUGAGCAUGUCCCUGUUUGGUGUAUGAGACAAGCUGGCAGGUACUUACCAGAGUUCAGGGAAUCUCGAGCUGGGAAAGACUUCUUCGACACAUGCCGCUCACCUGAGGCUUGCUGUGAGCUUACCCUACAGCCCCUGAGACGUUUCCCAUUCGAUGCAGCAAUUAUCUUCUCUGAUAUCCUCGUCAUUCCCCAGGCCUUGGGUAUGGACGUUCAGAUGGUUCCGGGCAAAGGGCCUACCUUCCCAGAGCCACUGAAGGAGCCGGAGGACCUGCAGACCCUGAGAAGUAAGGUUGAUGUACAGGCUGAGUUGGGCUACGUGUUCAAGGCAAUCACACUAACACGCCAUCGCUUGGAGGGAAAGGUGCCCCUCAUUGGCUUCACUGGAGCUCCGUGGACUCUGAUGGCCUACAUGAUCGAGGGCGGAGGCUCCACCACGCACUCCAAAGCCAAGCGCUGGCUGUACCGCCACCCAGAGGCCAGCCACCAGCUGCUCAAACAGCUCACAGACGUCAUCGUGGAGUACCUGGUGGGACAGGUGGCGGCGGGGGCACAGGCUUUGCAAGUAUUUGAGUCACACGCCGGUUGCCUGGGGCCAGUGGAGUUCCGUGAGUUUUCGCUGCCGUAUCUCAGAGAUAUCUCAAAGAGGGUGAAGAAGUGUCUCAAGGCCGGCGGCCUGGAGGAAGUGCCCAUGAUUGUUUUUGCGAAGGAUGGACAUUACGGCUUAGAGGACCUUUCCCAGUCUCAUUAUGAGGUUGUGGGUCUGGACUGGACCAUCGAGCCUCGGUCUGCGCGGGCGAGAACCGAAGGCAGAGUCAGUCUCCAAGGCAACAUGGACCCCUGUGCUCUCUAUGCCCCAAAGGAGCGUAUAUCGGAGAUUGUGAAGAAGAUGCUGGAAGGGUUUGGCACAAGAGGAUACAUCGCCAACCUGGGUCACGGCCUGUACCCAGACAUGGACCCUGAGAGUGUGGGUGCCUUCGUGGAGGCCGUCCAUACCCAUUCCCGUCAGCUUCUCAAGUGAACUCCUCAACCUCUCUCCGUCCAAUAAUGUUCACUCAUCAUGCAAAGUUUAGCACUUGACAAAAAAAAAAUACACACACACACAAGGCUAAUGAGUUCACACCAGGCUUGGGGGCCUCUUCUCUAAUACCAAGGGACAUAAAAUGCAUAUAAAUAAGAUUAGUUUUACAUGUGGUAAUCUAUCUCUACACAACUCGUCUUUUUGCUGCAUUUUUGUGCAUUGCCUGUGAAAUGAGGAAGAAAAAAGGCGAAAAGGUGUUUUGGAUCGGAUGUGUUAUUGAUGUAUGUUUUUGUUUCAUGGCUUUUAUGUAUUGAGUAUUGGCUACAACUAUAUCUCAGCACUGAGGGUAUGUGAUCAUGUGUACGUGUGUGUAAGGCUGGAGGAUUUGUAUAACCUAAUAAAGAGCUGUUAUUUUA